AUGAUUGUUGUUGCUCAGCAUAGGAAUCAGUACUAUGGGAGAAGCAGAGUACAACAUGGCCCUGCUCGAUAUGGGUCAUUUGGUUCACCUCCUUCUGGUAGGUGCAGGGAGGAAAAUUACCGGGCUUUCGAGUCUAAACAUGUCAUUAAACGGGGCAUUUUGGAUUCCUUGUCUCCCAAAAUACGUUCACCUUUGACAUCACUGCCAGUUAAUACUGUGAAGUGUCACUCUGAAAAUCAAACGAAAUCAAGAAAACCAGCCACAAGUAGCAUGAUUGCGAUACCAAUUAAAAUCAAAGUGGAUGUUGGUUCUACCAAGAAGGAUUCUUUGAAUGACAAUUUUUCUGAACUGUGGGCGGGGCCAGCUUAUUCAAAUUCUCCUCCCCCUAGUUCAUUGCCGAUGCCCAAAUUUUCUCUCAGGCCUAAAAGGACUGUCUCUCUUGAAUUGCCUGCUUCAGCGUCUGAUAUUGAUUUGCGUCCCAUUGCCAAGUCUGCUCCUGCAUCCCCAACCAGGGAGCACAGCCCUUCUCCAGGAAUCGUACUUGUCAGUACUGACUCUGCCACACAGACUCUUCGUCGUAUCCUCAAUCUCGAAAUUACAGAUUGA